CACAGAUUCAGAACUGAGAGCUGAUCAUGCCACAGAACCAACUCCAUAGCUGGCUGAAUGCUGUGUUCUUUGGGCUGCUGCUUCUUCUUAUCCAUGUGCAGGGUCAGCACUCACCAGAGUCCAGCCCCAUCAGAAACACACACAUAGGCCAGGUCCGAGGCAAGCUUGACCACGUGAAGGACACUAAAGCUGGUGUCCACACCUUCCUGGGAAUUCCCUUUGCCAAGCCUCCUGUAGGACCACUGCGCUUUGCACCUCCUGAGGCCCCUGAGCCAUGGAGUGGUGUGAGAGAUGGGACCUCACAACCAGCCAUGUGUCUGCAAAAUCUUGAUGUAAUCAAUGCAGAGGGGUUGAAGGAGAUGAAACUGAAGCUGCCUCCUGUCUCUAUGUCUGAGGACUGCCUGUACCUCAACAUCUAUGCACCAGCCCAUGCCCAUGAGGGCUCUAACCUGCCUGUAAUGGUGUGGAUCCAUGGUGGAGGACUGAUGACAGGCAUGGCUUCCAUGUAUGAUGGAUCUCUAUUGACAGUCAAUGAGGACUUGGUGGUUGUCACUAUCCAGUAUCGUCUGGGUGUCCUAGGCUUUUUCAGCACUGGAGAUGAGCACGCCAGAGGCAACUGGGGAUACCUGGACCAAGUGGCUGCCCUAAGAUGGGUCCAGCAGAAUAUCGCCCACUUUGGAGGCAACCCUGAUCGUGUCACUAUUUUUGGCGAGUCUGCAGGUGGUACAUGUGUGUCUACACAUGUUGUGUCCCCCAUGUCCCAAGGACUCUUUCAUGGAGCCAUCAUGGAAAGUGGAGUGGCCCUGCUGCCCUACCUUAUUGCUGACACCUCUGAGAUGUUCUCUACUAUGGUAGCCAAGGUCUCUGGAUGUGAGGCCAUGGACUCAGAGGCCCUGGUGCACUGUCUAAGAGCCAAGAGUGAAGCAGAGAUUCUGGCUAUUAACAAGGUUGUGCAGAUGGUCCCUGCUGUGGUGGAUGGAGAGUUCCUACCCAGGCAUCCCAAAGAGUUGUUGGCAUCUGAGGAUUUUCGCCCUGUCCCCAGCAUCAUUGGUGUCAACAAUGAUGAAUACGGUUGGACCAUUCCUCUGGUCAUGGGCACUACUCAAAUGAUAAAGGAGCUAUCCAGAGAGAACCUGCAAGCUAUUCUUAAGAAGACAACAGCACAACUGAUGCUGCCUCUGGAGUGCAGUGACCUAUUGAUGGAAGAGUACAUGGGGGACAUUGAGGACCCUAAGACCCUCCAAGCACAGUUUACAGAGUUGAUGGAAGACUUCAUGUUUGUGAUCCCUGCACUGCAAGUGGCACAUUUUCAGUGUUCCCAUGCCCCUGUCUACUUUUAUGAGUUCCAACAUCAGAUCACCUUCCUCAAGGAUAUCAGGCCACCCCACGUGAAGGCUGACCAUGGUGAUGAAAUUCCUUUUGUCUUUGGGUACUUCUUUUGGGACAUGAAAACUGACUUCACUGAGGAGGAGAAGCUGCUGAGCAGGAGGAUGAUGAAGUACUGGGCCAACUUUGCAAGACAUGGGAACCCCAACAGUGAGGGUCUAUCCUACUGGCCCGUGAUGGACCAUGAUCAGCAGUACCUGCAGCUGGACACCCAGCCUGCUGUGGGCAGAGCCCUGAAGGCCAGAAGGCUGCAGUUCUGGACAAAGACUCUGCCCCAGAAGAUCCAGGAGCUAAAGGGGGCUCAGGACAAUCACACAGAGCUUUAGUACCCUGUGUCAGGAAAGGUUUUUGGGUUUAGAGUCAAUAGCACUACAAAGUCCAUUUAUUUAUUUUUAUUUGUUCCAACACUUACAUAAGCAUUUGUAACCUUAGCCUUUGAGCUUUCAUGUAUAAAAAACACUCUGUAUGUUAUUCCUUAUCAUUAUGGACAAACUUUCAUUAAAUUCAAGACAUUCUCAAAUAGUGUA